AUGAGCGCCUCCCGCGCCGACGAGACCGACUACCUGCUUCGCCCCCGCGGCGCGAAGAAGACGCGCGCGUUUCCGACGCUCCCGACGAUCGGCGCCGCGGUCGUCGUGAGCCUCGCCGCGGUCGCGGUCCUCGGCCGCGGCGCGAUCGGCCACGGCGCGGCGGCGAAGCUCGGGCUCGGGAACGCGACGAGCGCGCCCGCGGGCUCGGGCGCGGCGAUCCUCGCCGCGCCCGCGCCCUCUUCCGCGCCCGCGCCCUCUCCCGAAUACGCGCCCUCUCCCGAGCCCAACGCGUCGCCAUGGAAGACGCACGCGGAGUCCACGGUCGUGGUCGGCGAGGACGGCCACGCGACGGAGAUGCACGAGGAAAGCGACGCUAACGGCGACGACGCGAGCGCGAUGCCGCCGACGUCGGCCGCGUUCGACUCCGUGGACGACGCCGCCGCGCAGCUGACGAACCACAUCCUCGCGCACCACCGCGGACACUCCGGCUCCGAGCAUUACCCUGGCACGAUGGGCUGCGAGCUCCUGUGCGAGGGCGCGAACGUCACGAAAGAGAUGUGCGAAGCCCCCGAUCGAUUCGCGUGCGAGUGGGAGGUCGAGGACGGGCGAGGCGCGUGCUGGAGCGCCGUCGGCGGCGACCCGUGCCCGGCUUCCGCGGAGGCGAUGAACGCGGCGUUCGCGAACGAGCCGCGCGCCAACGCGUCCUACUCGCCCGUCGUCCGCGCGAUCGGCGCGAUGGAGCGCGAGUUCCGAGACGAGAUGAAGCACGCGACCGAGAGCUUCGAACACGUCGCGGACGACAUGAUGCAUAAUUUCGCGAGCGCGGAGGCGGUCGCGGCGAACGCGACGGCGCGGAUCGCGGGGCCGGACCCGAGCGUCGUGCGCGCGCGCGCCGAGGCGUUUCUCGAAAAGUUCAAGGCGGAGCACGGACGCCUCCCGACGAAAGACGAGAUGCACGACAUCGUGCACGACAUCGUCGACGCGGUGAAGGGAGAUCCGGCGGACGUGGCGUCGGACGUCUCGAACGCGACGGCGGCGACCGUCGCGAUCGAUCCGACGGACGCGUCGGCCGUCUCGGACACCACGCCGGGCACCACGAUGGACACCACACCGGACUCCACGAUGGACACCAUGCCGGGCACCACGAUGGACUCUAUGCCGGGCACCACGAUGUCUGACGCGGGCGAGGACCCGGCGCUCGGGUACGAAGCCGCCGAAGCGGGCGCGGGCGCGGUGGUCGACAAACGCGUCCACAAUGGCGUCCGCGCGAUCUUGGAACCUGAUAUGGAGCGCGUUCGAGCUGAGGCAAAGCAUCUCUACGAGAUGGACCGCGCGGUCACGAAGAUGGUUGACGGCAUCGUCCAAGAAGAGCGAAAGAAGAUGGAUGAGGAGCUCACGAUGACCAUCAAGAAAGAUCAUCACGCGUUGGCGGAAAGGAUCAAGAAGAAAGCGGCGCAGAUGGAACAGGAGGCGAACGAGCUCGAGCAGUCGUCGAUGCUGACGCCGACUUCGGAUUCGGAGCCGACGACGAUGGACACCGUGCCGGGCUCCACGAUGGACUCCAUGCCGGGCACCACGAUGGACUCCAUGCCGGGCUCCACGAUGGACUCCAUGCAGGGCACCACGAUGGACUCCAUGCCGGUCUCCACGAUGGACUCCAUGAACGACGACGACCACGACGACGACCACAAACCCCUCGCGGAACACUCCUCCGAGCCGCCGCUGAACUACAACGUGGGCGACCUCCCGGAGGGAUUCCCGAAGGCGAUGGCGGAACACGUGGGCAUCCAGGACGGCGUCGCGUUAAUUGAAAACUGCGGCGUCCCGCAAGACAUCGUCGAUUUCCUCAACAAGACUGACUCCAACAUCGAGAAGCUCGACGAGUACUUCAACAAUCACCCCCACUACGGGACUUUCGACAUCGCCGCGAUGCUGAAGGAGAUGGAGACGACGUGGAAAGAACACGGCGUGUGCCACCUCGACGACGAUCACCACGACGACACGAUGGACACCAUGCCGGGCUCCAUGAUGGACUCCAUGCCGGGCUCCAUGAUGGACUCCAUGCCGGUCUCCACGAUGGACUCCAUGCCGGUCUCCACGAUGGACUCCAUGCCGGUCUCCAUGACGGACUCGAUGAACGACGAAGACGGCUCCGACGAUCACCACGACGACACGAUGGCCACCAUGCCGGGCACCACGAUGGACUCCAUGCCGGGCUCCAUGACGGACUCCAUGAACGACGAAGACGGCUCCGACGAUCACCACGACGACACGAUGGACUCCAUGCCGGUCUCCACGAUGGACUCCAUGCCGGGCUCCAUGAUGGACUUCGUGCCGGGCUCCAUGAUGGACUCCAUGCCGGGCUCCAUGAUGGACUCCAUGCCGGUCUCCACGAGGGACUCCAUGCCGGUCUCCACGAUGGACUCCAUGCCGGGCUCCAUGACGGACUCGAUGAACGACGAAGACGGCUCCGGCGAUCACCACGACGACACGGUGGAGUCCGAGCCGACGCCGGCGACGUCGACGCCAGAGCCGACGCCGGCGACGCCGACGCCGGAGCCCGAGCCGGCGACGCCGACGCCGGAGCCCGAGCCGACGCCGGAGCCCGAAGACGGCUCCGACGAUCACCAUGACGACACGGUGGAGUCCGAGCCGACGCCGGUGACGUCGACGCCAGAGCCCGAGCCGACGCCGGCGACGUCGACGCCAGAGCCGACGCCGGCGACGUCGACGCCAGAGCAGACGCCGGCGACGCCGACGCCGGAGCCCGAGCCGGCGACGCCGACGCCGGAGCCCGAGCCGACGCCGGAGCCCGAAGACGGCUCCGACGAUCACCAUGACGACACGGUGGAGUCCGAGCCGACGCCGGUGACGUCGACGCCAGAGCCCGAGCCGACGCCGGCGACGUCAACGCCAGAGCCGACGCCGGCGACGUCGACGCCAGAGCCGACGCCGGCGACGCCGACGCCGGAGCCCGAGCCGGCGACGCCGACGCCGGAGCCCGAGCCGACGCCGGAGCCCGAAGACGGCUCCGACGAUCACCAUGACGACACGGUGGAGUCCGAGCCGACGCCGGUGACGUCGACGCCAGAGCCCGAGCCGACGCCGGCGACGUCGACGCCGGAGCCCGAGCCGACGCCGGAGCCCGAGCCGACGCCGGAGUCCGUAGCCCGUUCCAUAGCCCGUUCCGACCUGAAGCCGCCGAAACCGUACUGGAGCAGGACCGCGGGCAAUGACGAGGCAGAAGAUUUCCUCAACACCGCCAAGAGUAUCCAGACGUAAAAUCGAAACGAGCGCGGGCGCUCUCUUGUCAGGGGUUUUCCGACCCCCUCUGUUGUGAAUAUUUAACAUACAUAUGGUACUGUAC